CCCACACGCACACUUACGCAGUACAUGUCUUUCACACAGGAAAUCAGCAUAGUCUGCAAACUGCCAGUGGCCCCAUCAUUCACUUACUCAGGUCUUUCAAGACGAACUAGUUUGAGUUAUAUUCCUCAACAAGAUGAUUAAUGAGGAUUGGCUGUGCAGCUCAUUUAAACUGUGUGAUCUAGUCACCACUUCACAAUCUGCUCACUCUGACGAAUCUGCACAGGUAGUAAUUCAUGGUGAAUCAUACCCACAACCUGCUUAUAACCCAUCAUCAAUCCAACACACUCUGGAAACAUACAGCCAUUUGCUGGAUGUAACAUUAGAACAGAAUUUAGAGCCCAUUCAACACUUUGCACAGACAACAGCCAAAGCUAUUAUAGAUUCAGCCGUCAGGAUCAAAAACCCAAGAGAAUCCGUCAAAGUGAGAGAGGAUGAUGUUGAGAUACUAGCUGAAGAGUUAACCUUACAAAUCUGUUGCAAAGCAUUGGAAGAGAUGGAGAAGCAUUAUCACUGUGAUGAUCCAUCAUCCAAAAGUACGGAUGAUAAGGGGGUUGUGGAGGGGACUUAUGGAAAUGCAUCUGUCCUCUACUCUUCAGGGGACAACUAUGAUAAAAACACGACUGAAAUGGAAACAGACAACAAGAUGGAGGAAUAUGAUGACACAUAUUCUAACUCCUUGAAGAGCAUGGCUAAUCUGGGCUCUAUUGAGUUCCCUGAUACUCCUCCAAGCACCCCUUUACUUCCGGAGAUGAUAAGGAGUCGAGCCAGUUUCACAAGGAAGCUAAAGGGAGGACUGGCUAAAGAAUUCCUUCCUUCAACCCCUCCAUCAACCCCCAAAGACCACAUGCAACCACUAAUGGAGAAUCAAAUGACAGACUUGUCCGCUGACUUCAUUGUGAGACUGAUGCGCUCACUUUCACUGGAGUGCUGUCGAAACGAAGGCUUAGAAGAAAGCGAGGAUGGAGAAGUUGAUGAUGGCAGACUCCAAAAUGAUGUUUCCAGUCUGACUGACUAUGCAGCUCAAAUUUCUGCGGAUAUCCUUCAUUUUAUCACCACAAACGAGAUAAGAAAAGUAAUGGAUGAGGGUUGUGUGAAAAGCAUGUGGGCUAUCGCUGACCAACUAGCGAGUGAAAUUGUCACAACGUCUCUAGCAGAGGUGAUGGCAAGAGGAGAAAGGAAGGUCUCGGAGGAAGAAACAACAUCAUACUCAUUGUAUGAGGUAGACAUGGCUACAGACACAAGGGCUAUGAUCUCUGCAACAGACAGGGUGAAAGUUUUAGCUAGUGAGCUAAUCAUUAACGCUAUGGUUCAUGCUUUUACUAAGCUAGCACAGGGUGCGUUUAAACAUGGAACCCAGCCACAUCUUCCGGGCCAAGCUGUAGAACCACAGCCAUGGGAAGAAGGAAGAUAUUCAGACACAUUGUGUAAAGACUCAGUCAACUCCCACAAAGCCAAAACCUUCAGAUGUUGCAGCAAUAAAUCAGAACUGAACCCCAUUACAGAUGACGCCAUAAAAGUGAAAUCAUCGAUACACACUUUUGCCAACAACUUUGCAGAAGACGUGCUUCAGCAUUCUGUGUGUGAUGCUUCCAGCUUACUGUUUAACUAUAAGCAAUCUCAGGGAGCAGAACUUGGCCCAGAGAAAGACAUUACACCAUGGGUAAUCAAGAUGUGUUCUGGGGAAAGUGUUGUCCAGGAACUGCAAUGUGCUCUACUCUGGGCCGCAGCCUCUCAGAAAGGGACUAAAGCACUUCAGUUUGAUCUACCAGACAACAGCUUUCAGCAAAAGCUUUGCAGACUCUCUCGGAGUGCCCGUCUGAAUGGCUGGACGGUGGGUGCUUUGAUGGUGUCUCUCGAUGAGUUUUGUGACAUGCAGCAAGAGACCAGCGGAGGGCACUAUAAGAGCUCCGAUUCUCUCCUGGAGCAUCUGCAGCACCUGAUUGACAAUGUGUGUUUAAACUGAUCUUGAGGCCUUACCCUUGCAGAACUGGUCAAUGAUCCAUGCAGCAUCCCCUGAAAUAAAGGCAGAAAAUGGCUUACAUUAAUCUUCAUCCACACAAUCGUUCACAUCCCAAACAUUAAUAAAAGGACACAAUAUCAUUACAAAGUAUAAGCAGUUAUAAUCAAUUUCACUCUGAGCCACUGGAAAUGAGCCUUUAAAGACGAAGUAGCUGCAUGCACGCUGUCUGUUUAUAUGAGCUCUGCUCUCCCAGUCCAAGCGCUCAACCCACAGCCGUUAUAAGGUAAGCGCAAAUCUGACUACAUAUUAGCUUUGGAAGUUACUACCAACCAAAACACACUGACACAUUCUUGACCAAAGAUCCUGUAUUUUGUAUGUUCCGGUGUUGUUAUUUUUCAAAAAUAUGCCAGAGCCUAUAAUAAAGUGUGACUGAAAAUGAUCAACAGUGAA